CCCAUUUCCUGUACCAGACGAAGCACGAGUGCCGCUUCCUCAACGGGAGGCGGCGGGUGCGGUUCCUACAGCGCUACUUCUACGACCGGCAGGAGUUCGUCCGCUUCGACAGCGACCGCGGGGAGUUCGAGGCCGUCACGGCAUUGGGGAAGGGGGAUGCCCGGGCUUGGAACAGGAAUCAGCGCAUCCUGCUGGACGCGAAAGCCUCCGUGGAUUACUUCUGCCGAGCCAACUACGAGGCUCUCCAGGGCGGCGCCGUGAUUGGCCGGAGAGGUGAAACACUGUUCUAA